AUGGCGUUUGUGCCCACCCCUAGUCCGACUGUGGUGGAUCAGACCACCCUGAUGAAGAAGUACCUGCAGUUUGUAGCAGCACUUACAGAUAGCAACACACCGGACGAGACCAAACUAAAAAUGAUGCAGGAGGUCAGCGAGAAUUUUGAGAAUGUGACCUCUUCACCCCAGUACUCCACUUUCCUCGAGCACAUCAUCCCUCGCUUCCUCACUUUUCUCCAGGAUGGGGAAGUGCAGUUCCUUCAGGAAAAGCCAACCCAGCAACUGAGGAAACUGGUCCUCGAAAUUAUCCACCGCAUUCCGACGAACGAGCAUCUUCGGCCUCACACAAAGAACAUCUUGUCUGUGAUGUUCCGCUUCCUUGAGAUUGAGAGUGAGGAGAACGUGCUCAUCUGCCUGCGCAUUAUCAUUGAACUCCACAAGCAGUUCCGCCCGCCGAUCUCGCAGGAGAUCCAUCACUUCCUUGAUUUUGUGAAGCAGAUCUACAAAGAGUUACCUAAAGUAGUGGCGAGGUACUUUGAGAACCCCCAGGUAAUAGCUGAGAACACGGUGCCAUCUCCUGAGAUGGUGGGAAUGAUCACUUCAGUCUUGGUGAAAACUGCUCCAGAGCGGGAGGACAGCGAGACCCGCACGCAUACCAUCAUUCCCCGGGGCUCCUUGUCACUCAAAGUGUUGGCAGAGCUGCCCAUAAUUGUGGUCCUCAUGUACCAGCUUUACAAACUCAACAUUCACAACGUGGUGUCGGAGUUUGUCCCUCUAAUCAUGAAUACCAUAAUGCUGCAGGUGUCUCCUCAGGCCAGGCAGCACAAGCUGUAUAAUAAGGAGCUCUAUGCAGACUUCAUCGCAGCUCAGAUCAAAACUCUAUCCUUCCUGGCUUACAUCAUUCGCAUCUACCAGGACCUGGUUGGGAAAUAUUCUCAGCAGAUGGUAAAGGGAAUGCUGCAGCUGCUGUCUAACUGCCCUCCUGAGACGGCUCAUCUGCGGAAAGAGCUCCUCAUCGCUGCCAAACACAUUCUCACCACAGACCUGCGCAGCCAAUUCAUUCCAGUCAUGGACAAACUUUUUGAUGAGUCGAUACUCAUUGGAUCAGGAUACACUGCAAGAGAAACCCUGAGGCCUCUGGCGUACAGUACUCUGGCUGACCUGGUGCACCAUGUGAGACAGAACCUGCCCCUCACGGACCUGUCGCUGGCCGUGCAGCUGUUUGCCAAGAACAUAGACGACGAAUCACUCCCCAGCAGCAUCCAGACCAUGUCCUGCAAACUGCUGCUCAAUUUAGUGGACUGCAUUCGCUCUAAGAGCGAGCAGGAGAACGGAAACGGGAGGGAUAUUCUCAUGAGGAUGCUGGAGGUGUUUGUGUUGAAGUUCCACACCAUCGCGCGCUAUCAGCUGGUGGCAAUCUUUAAAAAGUGUAAGCCGCAGUCUGAGAUGGGUGUUGUAGACUCCGGGGCGUUACCAGGGGUUCCGGCCACGCCCACUACCGCCACACCUGCCCUCCCUCCCCCUGCUCCACCCACACCUGUCACUCCGGCCCCACCCCCAGCCACACCUUUCGACAGGGGCGGGGACAAGGAGGACAAACAGACCUUCCAGGUGUCAGACUGCCGCAGCCUGGUAAAGACUCUUGUCUGUGGGGUAAAGACCAUCACCUGGGGCAUCACUUCCUGCAAAGCGCCUGGAGAACCACAGUUCAUUCCGAACAAACAGCUCCAGCCCAAAGAGACACAAAUUUACAUCAAGCUGGUCAAAUACGCCAUGCAGGCAUUGGACAUCUACCAGGUACAGAUUGCCGGCAACGGUCAGACGUACAUUCGUGUGGCCAACUGUCAGACGGUGCGUAUGAAGGAAGAGAAGGAGGUCCUGGAGCACUUUGCUGGGGUCUUUACGAUGAUGAAUCCUCUCACCUUCAAAGAGAUAUUCCAGACCACUGUACCCUACAUGGUGGAAAGGAUUUCCAAAAAUUAUGCUUUGCAGAUUGUGGCAAAUUCCUUCCUUGCCAACUUGUCCACCUCUGCCAUGUUUGCCACCAUCCUGGUGGAGUACCUGUUGGAGCGGCUGCCGGAGAUGGGAUCCAAUGUGGAGCUGUCCAACCUCUACCUUAAGCUCUUCAAACUUGUCUUUGGCUCUGUGUCUCUCUUUGCCGCGGAGAAUGAGCAGAUGCUCAAGCCUCACUUGCAUAAAAUAGUGAACAGCUCAAUGGAACUGGCCCAGUCAGCCAAAGAGCCCUAUAAUUACUUCCUGCUGCUGAGGGCCCUGUUUCGUUCCAUCGGAGGAGGAAGCCAUGACCUUCUCUAUCAGGAGUUCCUGCCCUUACUGCCUAACCUGCUGCAGGGUUUGAACAUGCUGCAAAGUGGCCUUCAUAAGCAGCACAUGAAAGAUCUGUUUGUGGAGUUGUGUCUUACUGUCCCAGUGAGAUUAAGCUCUCUGCUGCCCUACCUGCCCAUGCUGAUGGACCCGCUGGUGUCAGCCCUCAACGGCUCACAGACUUUGGUCAGCCAGGGUCUACGCACCCUGGAGCUCUGUGUGGACAACCUACAGCCCGACUUCCUCUAUGACCACAUCCAGCCUGUCCGUGCCGAGCUCAUGCAGGCCCUGUGGAGGACCCUCCGGAACCCGGCCGAGACCAUCUCUCACGUGGCGUACCGGGUCCUGGGGAAGUUCGGCGGAAGCAACCGCAAGAUGCUGAAGGAGUCCCAGAGGCUGCAGUACGUCGUGACUGAAGUACAGGGCCCCAGCAUCAAGGCAGAGUUUACCGACUGCAAAGCCUCCAUUCAGCUGCCAAUGGAAAAGGCCAUUGAGACUGCCCUGGACUGUCUGAAGAGUGCCAACACUGAACCGUACUACAGACGGCAAGCCUGGGAGGUCAUCAAGUGCUUCCUGGUGGCCAUGACAAGCCUGGAGGACAACAAACACGCCCUCUACCAGCUCCUCUCUCACCCCAACUUCACGGAGAAAUGGAUCCCCAACGUCAUCAUCUCGCACCGCUACAAGGCGCAGGACACGCCGGCGCGCCGGACUUUUGAGCAGGCGCUGACGGGGGCAUUCAUGUCCGCCGUCAUUAAGGACCUGCGGCCCAGCGCCUUGCCCUUCGUGGCCAGCCUGAUUCGCCAUUACACCAUGGUCGCUGUGGCACAACAGUGUGGUCCUUUCCUGCUGCCUUGCUACCAGUCAGGUAGUCAGCCCAGCACUGCCAUGUUCCACAGUGAAGAGAAUGGCUCCAAGGGCAUGGAUCCCUUAGUGCUUAUAGAUGCCAUCGCCAUCUGCAUGGCCUACGAGGAGAAAGAGCUGUGUAAGAUCGGGGAGGUGGCGCUGGCUGUCAUCUUCGAUGUAGCUAGCAUCAUCUUGGGUUCUAAGGAGAGGGCGUGCCAGCUACCCCUCUUCUCUUACAUUGUCGAGCGCCUCUGCGCCUGCUGUUACGAGCAAGCCUGGUACGCUAAGCUGGGCGGAGUCGUCUCCAUCAAGUUCCUCAUGGAGAGGCUGCCUCUCAUCUGGGUUCUGCAGAACCAGCUGACCUUCCUCAAGGCCCUGCUCUUUGUCAUGAUGGACCUCACAGGAGAGGUGUCUAACGGCGCUGUUGCCAUGGCAAAGACCACACUGGAGCAGCUCCUCGUUCGCUGUGCCACUCCGCUGAAAGAUGACGAGAAGACCGAGGAGCUCCUUAACGCUCAGGAGAAAUCCUUCCACAUGGUGACCCACGACCUGGUGCGGGAGGUCACCUCCCCGAACUCCACCGUCCGUAAGCAGGCCAUGCAUUCCCUGCAGGUGCUGGCCCAGGUCACCGGCAAGAGUGUCACCAUCAUCAUGGAGCCUCACAAAGAGGUGCUUCAAGAUAUGGUUCCCCCGAAGAAGCAUCUUCUCCGUCACCAGCCCGCCAACGCUCAGAUCGGCCUGAUGGAGGGGAAUACCUUCUGCACCACCUUACAGCCUCGCCUCUUCACCAUGGACCUCAACGUUGUGGAGCACAAAGUCUUCUACACAGAGUUGCUGAAUCUGUGUGAAGCUGAAGACGCCGCUCUGAUGAAGCUGCCCUGUUAUAAGAGUUUGCCCUCUCUGGUGCCAUUACGCAUCGCAGCUCUCAACGCCCUGGCAGCCUGCAACUACCUGCCUCAGUCCAGAGAGAAGAUCAUCGCCGCUCUGUUCAAGGCCCUGAACUCCACCAACUCUGAACUCCAGGAGGCUGGAGAGGCAUGCAUGAGAAAGUUCUUAGAGGGGGCCACCAUCGAGGUGGAUCAGAUCCACACCCACAUGCGCCCGCUGCUGAUGAUGCUGGGAGACUAUCGCAGUCUGACCCUUAACGUGGUCAACAGGUUGACCUCGGUCACACGACUCUUCCCCAACUCCUUCAACGAUAAGUUCUGUGACCAGAUGAUGCAACACCUGAGGAAAUGGAUGGAGGUGGUGGUGAUCACACAUAAAGGAGGACAGCGCAGUGAUGGCAGUGAGAUGAAGAUCUGUUCUGCCAUCAUCAACCUCUUCCACUUGAUCCCGGCCGCUCCCCAGACGCUGGUCAAGCCCCUCCUGGAGGUGGUGAUGAAGACAGAGCGAGCCAUGCUCAUAGAGGCGGGCAGUCCCUUCAGGGAGCCUCUGAUUAAGUUCCUGACCCGUCACCCUUCUCAGACGGUGGAGCUCUUUAUGAUGGAGGCCACGCUCAACGACCCUCAGUGGAGCCGCAUGUUCAUGAGUUUCUUGAAGCACAAAGACGCAAAGCCUCUUCGGGACGUGCUGGCGUCAAACCCAAACCGUUUUGUACCCCUCCUGGUCCCACCUGGCACCGCUGCGACAGUCCGCCCCGGCUCCCCGUCGACCAGCACGGCUCGUCUAGACCUGCAGUACCAGGCGAUUAAGAUCAUUAGUAUCAUAGUGAAGAACGAUGAGGGCUGGUUGGCAGGGCAGCAUUCCCUGGUCAGCCAGCUGAGACGUGUGUGGGUCAGCGAGGCAUUCCAGGAACGCCACCGCAAAGACAACAUGGCAGCCACACACUGGAAGGAGCCCAAACUCUUAGCCUACUGUUUACUCAGCUACUGCAAGCGUAAUUACUCAGAGAUCGAGCUGCUCUUCCAGCUGUUGCGAGCAUUCACCGGCCGAUUCCUUUGCAACAUGACCUUCCUGAAGGAGUACAUGGAGGAGGAGAUCCCUAAGAACUACAGCAUCGCCCAAAAACGGGCGCUCUUCUUCCGCUUCGUGGAGUUCAACGACCCCCACUUCAACGACGAGCUGAAAGCCAAGGUUUUGCAGCACAUCCUGAACCCGGCCUUCUUACACAGCUUUGAGAAAGGGGAGGGGGAGCAGUUACUGGGACCACCCAAUCCAGAGGGAGACAACCCCGAGAGCAUCACUAGUGUCUUCAUCACCAAGGUUCUGGAUCCGGAGAAGCAGGCCGACCUGUUGGACUCUUUGCGGAUCUACUUGCUGCAGUUCUCCACCCUGCUGGUGGAGCACGCGCCCCACCACAUCCACGACAACAACAAGAGUCGCAACAGUAAGCUGCGUCGCCUCAUGACCUUUGCGUGGCCCUGCCUGCUCCCCAAAGCCUGCGUGGACCCGGCCUGCAAGUACAGCGGCCACCUGCUUCUCGCCCAUAUCAUCGCCAAGUUUGCCAUUCACAAAAAGAUCGUUCUGCAGGUCUUCCACAGCCUGCUGAAGGCACACACCAUGGAGGCACGGGCCAUCGUCCGACAGGCCAUGGCCAUCCUAACCCCGGCCGUCCCCGCCCGUAUGGAGGACGGCCACCAGAUGUUGACCCACUGGACCCGCAAGAUCAUCGUGGAAGAAGGACACACUGUACCACAGCUGGUGCACAUCCUGCACCUCAUUGUCCAGCACUUCAGAGUGUACUAUCCUGUGAGACAUCACCUGGUGCAACACAUGAUCAGUGCCAUGCAGCGACUGGGUUUCACGCCCAGCGUGACCAUAGAGCAGAGGAAACUGGCCGUGGACCUGGCAGAGGUGGUCAUCAAAUGGGAGCUUCAGAGAAUAAAAGACCAGCAGCCUGAGUCGGAGGCUGAUCCGGCAGGCGGAGGAGAAGGCACCAGCGCGGCGUCCGGCGCCGUGAAACGGGGCAUGUCCGUGGACUCGGGUCAGGAUGUGAAGAGGUUCCGCACGGCCGCGGGAGCCGUGGGCACGGUUUUUGGACGCAGUCAGUCACUCCCGGGCACGGAGUCUCUCCUCACCAAGCCUGUGGAGAAGCAGCACACAGACACGGUGGUCAACUUCCUCAUUCGCAUCGCCUGCCAGGUCAACGACAGCGCCAAUGUCGCAGGCUCUCCCGGUGAGCUGCUGUCUCGUCGCUGUGUGACUCUGAUGAAGACUGCCCUCAGGCCUGACAUGUGGCCCCGUGCAGAGCUUAAACUGCAGUGGUUUGACAAACUGCUCAUGACCGUGGAGCAGCCAGCCCAGGCCAAUUUCUCCAAUAUCUGCACUGGACUGGAGAUCCUGAGCUUCCUGCUGACGGUGCUGCAGUCCCAGGCCAUCCUGGCCCACUUCAAGCCCCUCCAACGGGGCAUCGCCGCCUGCAUGACCUGUGGAAACACCAAAGUGCUGCGUGCGGUCCACUCGCUGCUCUCUCGUCUCAUGAGCAUCUUCCCCACGGAGCCCAGCACCUCCUCUGUGGCCUCUAAAUAUGAGGAGUUGGAGUGUUUGUAUGCCGCUGUGGGGAAGGUCAUUUACGAGGGUCUCACCAAUUACGAGAAAGCCACUAGCGCUAACCCAACUCAACUCUUUGGAACGCUGAUGAUCCUGAAGUCGGCUUGCAGCUACAACUCCAGCUAUAUCGACCGGCUCAUCUCGGUGUUCAUGCGCUCCCUGCAGAAGAUGGUUCGGGAGCACCUCAGUCCGCAGGCUAACCCGGGCGCCACGGAAACCAGCACAGUGACCAGUGAGCUGGUGAUGCUGAGCCUGGAUCUUGUGAAGACUCGUCUCUCGGUGAUGAGUAUAGAGAUGAGGAAGAACUUCAUCCAGGUCAUCCUCACCUCUCUAAUCGAGAAAUCUCCUGACGCAAAGAUUCUACGAGCCGUCGUGAAGAUCGUUGAGGAGUGGGUCAAGAACAAUUCCCCCAUGGCAGCCAAUCAGAUGCCUAACCUUAGGGAGAAGUCCAUUCUGCUGGUGAAAAUGAUGACCUACAUUGAGAAGCGCUUUCCCGACGACCUUGAAUUGAAUGCCCAGUUUCUGGACCUCGUUAAUUACGUCUACAGAGAUGAGAGUCUCUCAGGAAGUGACAUCACAUCGAAACUGGAGCCUGCCUUCCUGUCUGGGCUCCGCUGCGCCCAGCCGCACAUCAGGGCCAAGUUCUUCGAGGUCUUCGACGCCUCCAUGAAGCGACGCGUGUACGAGAGGCUCCUCUACAUCUGCUGCUCCCAGAACUGGGAGGCCAUGGGCAGCCACUUCUGGAUCAAACAGUGCAUCGAGCUGUUACUGGCAGUGUGCGAACGAGGCACCGUCAUAAGCACCAGUUGUCAGGGCUCCAUGCUGCCCUCCAUCACCAAUGUCAUCAACCUCGCCGACAGCCACGACCGCGCCGCCUUCGCCAUGGCAACGCACGUCAAACAGGAGCCGCGAGAAAGGGAGAACAGCGAGACUAAGGAGGAGGAUGUGGAGAUAGACAUUGAGCUGGCCCCGGGGGACCAGACCAGUCUCCCAAAGACGAAGGAGCAGGCGGAGAGAGAUGCAGGCAACCAGCUCCACAUGCUCACCAACCGCCACGACAAGUUCCUGGACUCCCUCCGUGAGGUCAAGACUGGAACUCUACUGAAUGCCCUGGUCCAGCUCUGCCACAUUUCCACUCCUCUCGCCGAGAAGACCUGGAUCCAGCUCUUCCCACGGCUGUGGAAGAUCCUUUCCGACCGUCAGCAGCAUGCAUUGUCAGGGGAGAUGGGUCCGUUCCUGUGUAGCGGCAGUCACCAGGCACAGAGAGACUGCCAGCCCAGCGCCCUGAACUGCUUUGUGGAGGCUAUGUCUCAGUGUGUCCCCCCCAUCCCCAUCCGACCAUGCGUGCUCAAGUACCUGGGCAAGACACACAACCUGUGGCUACGCUCCACGCUCAUGUUAGAGCAGCAGGCUUUUGAGAAGGGUCUAAGCCUUCACAUCAAACCCAAACAAAGCACCGAAUUCUACGAGCAGGAGAGCAUCACGCCUCCUCAGCAGGAGAUCCUGGACUCCUUGGCCGAGUUGUACUCUCUGCUUCAGGAGGAGGACAUGUGGGCAGGUCUGUGGCAGAAGCGCUGUAAGUUCCCAGAGACCAGCACGGCCAUAGCUUACGAACAGCACGGCUUCUUCGAGCAGGCCCAGGAGACGUACGAGAAGGCCAUGGAGAAGGCACGCAAAGAGCACGAGAGAAGCAACGCUUCGCCCGCCAUCUUCCCCGAGUACCAGCUAUGGGAGGAUCACUGGAUUCGCUGCUCGAAAGAGCUUAACCAGUGGGAGGCUCUAACUGAAUAUGGCCAGUCCAAAGGUCACACCAACCCGUACCUGGUUCUGGAAUGCGCCUGGAGAGUGUCUAACUGGGCCGCCAUGAAGGAGGCCCUGGUCCAGGUGGAGCUGAGCUGUCCUAAAGAGAUGGCCUGGAAGGUGAAUAUGCAUCGCGGUUACCUGGCCAUCUGCCAUCCAGAGGAGCAACAACUCAACUUCAUCGAGCGGCUAGUGGAGAUGGCCAGCAGUCUGGCCAUCAGGGAGUGGAGGAGACUACCCCAUAUUGUCUCCCACGUACACACACCUCUGCUCCAGGCAGCACAGCAAAUCAUUGAGCUGCAGGAAGCUGCCCAGAUUAACGCUGGCCUGCAGCCAGCCAACCUGGGCCGCAACACGAGCCUGCACGACAUGAAAACCGUGGUGAAGACCUGGAGGAACCGCCUGCCCAUUGUGUCUGACGACCUGUCCCACUGGAGUAGCAUCUUUAUGUGGCGACAGCACCACUACCAAGCCAUCGUUACCGCGUACGAAACGAACACUCAGCACGAUCCCAACACCAAUAACGCCAUGCUCGGCGUUCACGCCUCGGCCUCGGCCAUCAUUCAGUACGGGAAGAUCGCCCGGAAACAGGGCCUCGUCAACGUGGCCCUGGACAUCCUGAGCCGCAUCCACACCAUCCCCACCGUGCCCAUCGUAGACUGCUUCCAGAAGAUUCGCCAGCAGGUUAAAUGUUACCUGCAGCUGGCCGGAGUCAUGGGCAAGAACGAGUGCAUGCAGGGUUUGGAGGUGAUCGAGUCCACAAACCUCAAGUAUUUCACAAAGGAGAUGACCGCCGAGUUCUACGCUCUCAAGGGCAUGUUUUUAGCCCAGAUCAAUAAGUCAGAGGAGGCGAAUAAGGCUUUCUCUGCUGCAGUACAGAUGCAUGAUGUGCUUGUGAAGGCCUGGGCCAUGUGGGGGGAUUACCUAGAGAACAUCUUCGUCAAAGAUCGCCAGCUUCAUCUGGGCGUGUCUGCCAUCACCUGCUACCUACACGCCUGCCGCCACCAGAACGAGAGCAAGUCCCGCAAGUACCUCGCCAAGGUACUGUGGCUGCUCAGUUUUGACGACAAAAACACCCUGGCCGACGCGGUGGAUAAGUACUGCAUUGGGGUACCGCCCAUCCAGUGGCUGGCCUGGAUUCCUCAGCUUCUCACCUGCUUGGUGGGUUCUGAGGGCAAGCCCCUGCUGAAUCUCAUAAGCCAGGUGGGACGUGUCUACCCUCAAGCGGUGUACUUCCCCAUUCGAACUCUGUACCUGACACUAAAAAUCGAGCAGAGGGAGCGCUACAAAUCGGACCCUGGGCCGAUCCGCGCCACCGCGCCCAUGUGGCGCUGCAGCCGAAUCAUGCACAUGCAGCGGGAGCUCCACCCAACGUUGCUUUCCUCUCUGGAGGGCAUCGUCGACCAGAUGGUGUGGUUCAGAGAGAACUGGCACGAAGAGGUGCUACGUCAGCUCCAGCAGGGGUUGGCCAAGUGCUACUCCGUGGCGUUUGAGAAGAGCGGAGCCGUUUCGGACGCCAAGAUCACCCCGCACACGCUGAACUUUGUGAAGAAGCUGGUGAGCACGUUCGGCGUCGGCCUGGAGAAUGUCUCAAACGUGUCCACCAUGUUCUCCAGCGCCGCCUCGGAGUCGCUGGCCCGACGAGCCCAGGCCACGGCCCAGGACCCCGUCUUCCAGAAGAUGAAGGGCCAGUUCACCACAGACUUUGACUUCAGUGUUCCUGGGUCUAUGAAGUUGCACAACCUGAUCUCGAAGCUGAAGAAAUGGAUUAAGAUCCUGGAGGCCAAGACAAAACAGCUCCCCAAGUUCUUCCUGAUCGAAGAGAAAUGUCGUUUCCUCAGCAACUUUUCCGCCCAGACGGCUGAGGUGGAGAUCCCAGGAGAGUUCCUCAUGCCCAAACCCACACAUUACUACAUCAAAAUUGCCAGGUUCAUGCCCAGGGUGGAGAUUGUUCAGAAGCACAACACGGCAGCGCGCCGCCUGUACAUCCGCGGGCACAACGGGAAGAUUUACCCAUACCUGGUGAUGAAUGACGCCUGUCUGACAGAGUCGCGCAGGGAGGAGCGUGUGCUACAGCUGUUACGCCUUCUCAACCCCUGUCUGGAGAAAAGAAAGGAGACAACCAAGAGGCAUCUCUUCUUCACAGUCCCCAGAGUCGUGGCCGUGUCUCCUCAGAUGCGACUGGUGGAGGACAACCCCUCGUCCUUGUCUCUGGUGGAGAUCUACAAACAGCGCUGCGCUAAGAAGGGCAUUGAACACGACAACCCCAUCUCCCGCUAUUACGACCGACUAGCUACAGUGCAAGCCAGAGGAACGCAGGCCAGCCAUCAGGUACUACGAGACAUUCUUAAGGAAGUUCAGGGGAACAUGGUUCCUCGUAGCAUGUUGAAGGAAUGGGCGCUCCACACCUUCCCUAACGCCACAGACUACUGGACCUUCCGUAAAAUGUUCACCAUUCAACUGGCUCUCAUCGGCCUGGCCGAGUUCAUGCUUCACCUCAACCGCCUCAACCCAGAGAUGCUCCAGAUCGCCCAGGACACGGGGAAGCUCAACGUCUCCUACUUUCGAUUCGACAUCAACGACGCCACCGGGGAUCUGGAUGCAAACCGGCCCGUUCCCUUCCGACUGACACCCAACAUCUCUGAGUUUCUGACCACCAUCGGCGUGUCUGGACCUCUCACGGCCUCCAUGAUUGCGGUGGCUCGCUGUUUCGCCCAGCCGAACUUCAAGGUGGAUGGCAUUCUGAAAGCUGUUCUCAGGGACGAGAUCAUCGCUUGGCAUAAAAAGACUCAGGAGGACACGUCCAUGCCUCUGUCCCCGGCAGGCCAGCCCGAGAACAUGGACAGCCAGCAGCUGGUGUCGCUGGUCCAGAAGGCCGUGACCGCCAUCAUGACCCGCCUGCAUAAUCUGGCCCAGUUUGAAGGAGGAGAGAGCAAAGUCAACACUUUAGUGGCUGCCGCAAACAGCCUCGACAACCUCUGUCGCAUGGAUCCAGCUUGGCACCCCUGGUUAUAGAGAUGGACGGGAAAGCCCAUUAAAACCCCUUAUAGGUCUCUGAGAUAUCUCUGAGAGAGAGAG